AAGUCGUUGACGUGAGACGUCACGCCACCCAAACACAAAGAAAGGUUGUUUUUGUUUUUGGAUUUGAUUUGCAUUCAAAAAAUGUAGCUUGUGUUUCAUGCAUGAUGAUGACUUGUUAGAAUUUCCUUUCAAAGAAUUUUGUCCUGACACGUCUUUUCUCACUCCACUACUCUCCUGCUUGCCCGUCCUUUUAUGCUAGUCUAAUUUUCUUGCUGUUGGCGUCGGGAAGGUUGUUUGUGCACUUGUGCUUGAUGCUUGCAGCCAACGCUUAGUUUUCAUCCCGGUGUUUCAUUCUGGGCAAUCACAAUCAUAUUUUUGGAGAAAUUUUGAAAUGGAAGAAGCUUCUGUCCCUAGCCCUUCAGCUGAAGAUCGUAAAGAACCUUUGACGUUCGCCCAAUGGCACGCUGAGCAGGAAAGGCAGUUGUCCUCGCAGCGAUGCUUCUACUUCUACACGAUGUACUGCUAUUACUAUGCUGUGUAUGCCAACUACCCUUGGCCAACGAGUAGACAGUAUGUGGCACCAGCAGCAGCAACUGCUGCUGCUGGCGCUAGUACAAACAGUAGCUCACUCAGCGCCGAGCAGGAGUUGGCCAAUCACAUCGCACAGCACAUAUCUGCGGCGAAUCGAGCAGCUCCCGUGGCCGAUGGUGCUGGCGCUGCGGAAGCCCCGCGGAUAGAAGUUCGUGUCCAGUCGCAAGCCGGUGUUUACGUGACGGCAGCAUCGCCCAAGUCACGUUUGUUUGCUGAGCUGCUAGACUUCUUACUCAUCUACCUGCUCAAGGACGUCGUGUACAGUCUACUUGGUAUGGACGGGCCGGAGUUGGUGCUGGAACAGCUGGAUGAGAGCCUGCGCACAAGCGACUCCGCUGCCAAUGUGGUGAUAGUGAGGAACUUUGACCAAGUCAUCAAAUACACUGCUUUCUACCGGCUCAUGGUGAUGGUGUAUGAGACUCUGUUCCUAGCGUAUGGACUGCAAGGUUUCGGCGGUGCCACGAUUGGCAAGAGGCUAGUGGGUCUGUCUGUCAUCUACUGCAAGGAUUCACGCAUGAUCAACCGUGAACGAAGAGAGUUCUUUGUCGUGCCGGGUGGAAACCUAGGCUUCAUAAGGUCGUUCUUUCGCUCCCUGAUCAAGGUGACGGUGCUGUUUGUCGCGUACCCUGUCAUGAUUGGCAUUCUGUUUGUGGCCAACGGGCAAACUGUGUAUGACCAGUACUCAGGUUCUCUGGUGGUUGAGACCCGGCGCGUGGCUGUACCCACAGUCGACGACGUGGACGAUGCGGGCAGAGUGCUUGUCGUGGGGCAGCAGCAGCAACAGCAUAAUCAUCAACACCAACAGCAGCAACAACAACAGCAACAGCAUAUUCAUCAUCACCAUCAUCAUCAGCCGCAGCAGCAACAGCAAUUAGUACAACAACCUGUGGCGGCUCCUGGUGGUCCGUACACCCCGGUGCAGCCGCAACCAGCUGCUGCUGCUACUGCUGCUGCCCCUACUGCGCAUAUCCAAGCACCCGCGGACGGUGUUAUCCAUCCAUCUCUUGAUCCCCACGACCAGCAGCAGCAGCAGCAUAAACAGCAGCAGCAAGGUGAUGGUGGUGAUGAAGCCUCUGUUGGCGCUGACCGCAGGGGAAGCGGUGAGGGUACACGCCACCGUCGUCAAGUAGCUAAUACAGCUUCAGACACGUGAUAGAAAUCACUAGCCAGCACAGGGAAGAAUCCAGCAUCCCAUUACCAGAAUAGUGCAUCGUUUGUCAUCGUCAGAAAUAAAUCAGGCGGUAUGACAACUCCCAAUUCAGCCACAGGUUCCGUAUACAUUUCGGUAUCUGCUCUUCCGUCUCGAUCGCCCUCUUAGCGUUUUUUCAUCUCCUACCUGUCCCACUAACCAACAGACAUGUAUCUUUUAAACUGGCAUGUCUUUCCUGAUGCUUUCCUACCAGUCCGUGCGCUUAUCACAGCAAAUGUGCCAAGUUUCCCACGGCACGCACUCAUGCCGCUACUUCACAUCGCUCCGGCCAGCCAGUCAAUACCCUCUAUGCAACCAUGCAGUCGAAGUGCUGAGCGCUUCUCCUGUUGUUGUUUUUUUUAACCACAGUCGGCGCUCGUCUGGCCCUGCGCCACCCGCGCCGAUAUAUUCCUCCUUUAAUACAUAGUCCGUUUUUAUCCGAACCCAUUCGUUCACUCCUAGGUGCAACGCACAGAGCAUGAUUUUGAAGAAGCCAUACUAGUAACUUUGCAUGAACAAAAUACUACUCUUAAUACCAGCAUAACCUAAAAGUCUGCUUGCGUCGCCGUCGAAUAAUCUUUCACGUAUGCAAUAUAUCACGGCCAUCAUGCCCCUAAUUUCGAUGCGAAUAGUAUCGACACCUUCCUGGCCACACUAUCACACGCUCACAGUAGCUAGCUGCCCCUGAGCUGCCCGUCUUCGCGCCCUGCAAGAUAUCGCCGGUCUUGGCUUUUCUACCUCUGUGUUUUGCUGUCGUCGCUUUGCGAACGCCGAUGUAUUUUAUUUUCUGCCGUUGAGCUACAGUUGCUUUUACAGUGUGCGUGCGCGCGCGCGUGUGUGUGCGCGUGUGUGCGUGUAUGUGUGUGUGUGUGCCGAGUGGCCCAUUGGCCUGCUUGCCUGCUGAAUUUCGACGCGUUUACUUCUUGGGAUGGUCAUCGUCGUUGUCGUUGUUGUUGUUGUUGCUACUGCACUCUCGCUUUUUACCUUUUUUUAGAAUUUGUGUGCGUUUGCUGCUGGUCAGCAUAGUUCACGUAGUGUCUAUAUCGUAUUGUUUAUCCCUGGA